AUAGACCAACUUAUUAAAGAAUCUACAAGGCUAACUCCUAAAUCAGCUACACUAAUUGAUUUAAUAUUAACAAAUAGACCAGAAAAUAUUUCCAGAUCAGGUGUCAUUCACCUGGGAAUUUCAGAUUACAGCCUUGUCUACGCUGUGAGAAAAUUUACACUACCGAAAGGAAGGCAAAAAAUUCGUCAGGUUCGUAACUUCAAAAAGUUUGUCGAAAAUGAUUUCAUUCGGGAUGUGUCUCAAUUGCCUUGGGAGAUGGUCUAUCAGUUUGGAGAUCCCAAUUUAUGUUGGCAAGUCUGGAAAUCACUAUUAUUAGAUGCACUUAAUAGACAUGCCCCUCUGCGCCACAAGCGAAUAAGGAAUAACCCUGUCCCAUGGAUUAAUCCUCAAAUUAAAGAACUUAUGAGAAAAAGGGACUAUCACAAAAAAAAGGCCAUAAAAUAUGAUUCGGAGUCACAGUCGGAAUUGUAUAAAACACUACGUAAUGAAGUAAAUAUAAACAUGCGGAAAGCAAAAUCUAAGUACUUUUGUGAUAAAAUCCAGGCAAGCUCUCAAAUGGGAGACAGUAAAAGCGGAUGGGCUUGGAUAAAUUCGCUCUUAGGAAGAAAGCAUAAGAAUGCAAAUAUUAAUGAACUGAAAGUAAAUGAUGAUAUUAUUUCUGAUGAUAAUUCUAUUACUGAAACAUUAAAUGAAUAUUUUAUAAAUAUUGGAAUGAAGAUGGCUGCUGAAUCAGCAUGUCAAAGCACUGAUGCUUUAAAGGAUCAAGUAAUUUAUGAAAGUACUGUGCUUCUUCCUAAAGAAUAUUUUCACUUCGCAGAUAUUACUAUAGAUAGUGUUUCCAAACGCCUACAAAAACUAAAUGUCUCAAAAGCGACAGGUAUGGAUGGAAUAACUGUGAAUAUUUUAAAACUGACAUCAACCCUUAUUGCUCCAUCUAUAACUUUUAUAUUUAACCUAUCGAUUAGAACUGGUAUUUAUAUAGAUGAGUGGAAAUUAGCUAGAGUUAUACCAAUUUACAAAUCUGAGGAUAAGCGUAAAUGCGAAAAUUAUAGACCAAUUUCAAUUCUUCCCAUAAUAAGUAAAAUAUUUGAAGGGGAAGUUUUUACUCAAAUAUAUAGCUUUUUGAAUAACUACAUGCGCUUCUGUCUAAAUUUCAAUCCGGGUUUAGACCAAAACAUGGAACCUUAGGUGCUCUUAUACAAAUGUGUGAUCAAUGGCUACAAGACAUGGAUGAAGGCAAAAUAAAUGGAGUUGUUUUUCUUGAUAUAUGUAAAGCAUUUGACUCGGUGAAUCACGAGAUAUUAUUGGAGAAGCUUAAAACCCAGUUUGGAAUUCACGACAUUGAAUUAAAAUGGUUCCAAUCAUACUUAAGGAAUAGAAAGCAAGUGUGUUCUGUUAAUGAUCAAACUUCUUCUGCAAGAACAAUAAUAUGCGGAAUUCCGCAAGGAUCCAUACUUGGUCCAUUACUGUUUUUGCUAUAUAUUAAUGAUAUGCCUGACAUUUUAGAAAGGACAACCCCAUGUCUUUAUGCCGACGACACUCAGAUAUCUUCCUCUUCGCAUGAUUACGAUACAUUGA